AUGACUUUGAUGGACGAAAACGAUGAUGUCAUCAUGAAUGCAUCAUUUGGAAGCCCGAAAAACAUUCAAUGGGCCCAAGGAAAAGCCGGCGAGGAUCGAGUCCAUAUAACGGUCUCACAAGAGCACGAUUGGAUCUUCGUAGGGAUUUACGACGGGUUUAACGGGCCCGAUGCCACCGAUUUUCUCUUGAACAAUCUCUAUUCCAAUGUUCGUAAAGAGGUUAAUGGGCUUUUGUGGUGCGACGAAAAGAACGAAUCUUUCGAGGUUUCGAGAAGUUUAGAUAGUAAGGAAAGAGUUGAGCUCGAUAGGAAAUUACGGGAGAAGUUGAGUAGUUUUGAAGGCAACGGCAUUAUUACGACCGUGAAUCAUUUGGGAAUUUUGAAGGCGUUAUCGGAGGCUUUGAAGAAAACCGAGGCUUCGUAUUUGGAUAUAACCGACAUGAUGUUGGUCGAAAAUCCCGAGCUAGCUUUGAUGGGUUCGUGUGUUCUUGUAAUGGUGAUGAAAGAUUAUGAAGAAUCUUUGUACGGUUAUGAGUAUGACGAUGUGCGUCAUUUGAGUGCUCGGCAGCUCACGAUGGAUCAUAGCACAUCGGUUAAAGAGGAAGUAAGAAGGAUUAGAAACGAGCAUGUAGACGAUCCUUUUGCGGUUUUCAAUGAUCGAGUGAAAGGUUCGUUGAAGGUCACCCGAGCGUUCGGAGCCGGUUAUCUCAAACAGCCCAAAUGGAACAAUGCGCUUCUUGAAAUGUUUAGAAUCGAUUACGUUGGGAAUUCGCCUUACAUCACGUUUGGAUUUUCACGAAUUGCUCGAUAUCCCACAAGGGGACCGGAGGAGGUACCAUGA